CAAGUAGGAAAGAAAUAUUUAGAUUGGUCUUUAAUUAUUGAGAUUCUAAUACCGCCACAUUUCUACUACCAAAAUCGUUGAUCUGAAAACUUACCCUCAUACAACGAUCGAAAAAGAAAAUUUCAGACGUACAUAGGAAAGAGGUUUCUUCCUCUUGUAAACCCAAUCUUUCAUAUUUGCUUCUUUACAAUCUCUGUAUCUUUCUUUCUCUUAGAGCUCAAAGUAAGGCAUUUCUGACGCAAAGUCGUUUCUCUCGUUUCAUUUACUUUCUUUGCGAACCGAACCUAGCAAGUCCUAAUCAAAGGCUUUUUGUUUGAGAAGUUUUCCUUUUUUUAAAGUUUCCUCUAUAAUAUGUCUUCGAAUUAUCCAAAGUGUGUCGUUUUUGAUUUAGAUUAUACAUUGUGGCCUCUAUGGAUUGAUACUCAUGUCACUCCACCAUUUCGGGCAUCGAAAAAUAAUCCUCAAGUCAUUCUCGAUCGGUAUGGGACCGACAUAUCUUUUUAUAAAAAUGUAACGGAUAUCCUUCAACAAUUAAAAGAUGCCCAAGUAAAGCUUUGCAUCGCAAGUCGAACCCACGCUCCUAAAUUUGCGUACCAAGUAUUAAACCUGAUGCGGGUUCCAAUUGAUGGUGAAUUGCAACCGGCUUCUAAGUUCUUUACCAACAUUAAAGCAUUUCCUGCAACCAAAAUCGAUCAUUUCGAGCAGCUCCAUAAAGAAACUGGAAUAAGCUACAAGGAUAUGCUUUUUUUUGAUGAUGAAGGUCGUAACCGAGUUGUAGAAUCUUUGGGCGUUACCUUCUGUUUAGUACCCGAUGGCCUUAAUCGUGCUUCUUUUGAAGAAGGCAUUAGAAAAUGGCAAAAAAAUAGAAAAUAACUUGAAAUAGCCUAUCUGAAUGAUAUUUAUU